AUGGAUAAAUAUGAAAUCAUUAAAAAAAUUGGAGAAGGAUCUUUUGGCAAAAUAUUCUUGGCAAAAGGAAAAGCGGAUAAUGAGCAAUGUGUUAUCAAAGAGAUCAAUUUAACUAAGAUGCAUGUGAAAGAAAAAGAAGCCUCUGAGAAAGAAGUCAUCCUUUUGGCCAAGAUGAAGCAUGCAAAUAUCGUAACCUUCUAUGCUUCUUUGCAAGAAAACAACAAGCUAUAUAUUGUGAUGGAAUACUGUGAUGGUGGAGAUUUAAUGAAGCGGAUAAAUAUGCAGCAUGGAGUGCUGUUUGAAGAAGACCAGAUUCUGAGUUGGUUUGUGCAGAUCUCCUUGGGCUUGAAGCAUAUUCAUGACAAGAAGAUUUUACACAGAGAUGUAAAAGCACAGAACAUUUUUCUUAGCAAUAAUGGAAAAGUAGCAAAGCUUGGAGACUUUGGCAUAGCAAGAGAGUUGAACAGCACUGUGGAGUUUGCCCAUACCUGUGUAGGGACUCCCUAUUAUCUGUCACCUGAGAUUUGUGAAAAUCGACCAUAUAACAAUAAAACAGAUGUUUGGUCUCUUGGCUGUGUGCUUUAUGAGCUAUGUGCACUAAAGCAUCCUUUUGAAGGCAAUAGUUUUCACCAGCUGGUGGUGAAGAUCUGCAGAGGACAUUUUCACCCAGUGUCUCCCAACUAUUCAUAUGAUCUGAGGAUCUUAAUUUCCCAGUUGUUUAAAGUAUCUCCCAGAGACCGGCCAUCUAUCAGUUCUAUUCUAAGGAAGCCUUUCUUGCAGAAGCUUGUUCUCAGGUAUUUGCCCCCUGAGCUGGCACAGGAAGAAUUCGGUUUCAGUAUAGUAAAUAGAAAGGCUCCUUCAGUAUCACAGUCUGGAACCAAGCAGAUACAAGCAUAUAAACUUCUACAAAGGAGAGUCCAGGACCAAGUUUCUCCAGAAUCUGGAAUGGUAGUGCCUGUGAAGAAACAAGAAUUAUUUCAAAGAAAUGCAUGGAAACCUCCUUCAAGGGAACAACGGCCUAUUUUUCAGCCACAGAUCUCCAAAUUUAAGAUGGAAGAAGGGCCAGAAAGUAUUAGAGUACGUGGCCAUUAUGGUCAUUACUACAGUAAGCUUGACAGCUUGCAGAGGAAAGCUAAUGCACAUUAUGACCUUUCUCAUAUCAGCCAAAGAUUUGAGGAAUACUAUAAAAUAAAAGGACAAGUUGCAUCUCCACCCCCACCACCCAACUGGUGUGCAGAAUAUCUUCAAAGGCGUGUUGAAGCCCAACAGUACAAGAUAAAUGUUGAAAAACAGCUGGGACUGCGACCAUCCUCUGCUGACCUAUAUCACGACCAAAUACAGCAGCAGGAAAAAAAGGAAGAACAUCUCAAAAACCAUCAUCAGGACGUGUCUAGAAAGAAUGAAAUGAAAGAGCAGGAGUACCUGAAACAAUUGCAGAAAAUUCGGGAAGAAUAUCACAGCGAUAUCAAAGAAUUCAGAUUUAGAGCAGAAUUACUCCAGGAGAACCAAAAAAUACAAGAUAAGACCUAUCUUGUGAGUCAAGGGAAGGCUGAGGAUGAGUCUGAAACCAAAGAUACAGCUGGAACAGCAGAAGAAUCACUUCAGGACAUGGAAGAAAACUGUAAACAAGUCAGGCUCCAGGACAAGCAAGACCAAAAAGUCUUAAAAAAGAAACAUAACACAAAGGGAGGAGUAAAGUUUGAAAUUAACUUGGAUGUAUGUGUUUCUGAGGAAGACAACCUUCAAAAAGCUGAGAUACUAGAUAAACUCAGCGAGACUUUAACUUUGGAGGAUGGUGAGAAUCUUAAGGAGGAAUUGGUGGAAGUUUAUGGAGAUCCUAUGAACAGAGCUUUGGAAGAACAAUUUGAACACCAAACAGAAUCCAGUGACAUAGAUGACAUGAAAGAAAACAGAAAACAUUGGCAAGCUGGAGCCCCUCAGACACUGCUGAGUUUUUUAGCUGGUGCUGAUGUCACAUCUGUAUGUCCUACUAUGGCUGAAAAUGAACUUGCUGACCAUGCUAUUCUGCCUGAAGACAUCCCAGAACACAGGAAGCAGUGGAAACAAACACCACCAGGGACACUCCUGAACAUCUUAGCAAAAGCAGAGUUGUCAAAUGAUUCCUUCAUCCGGCUUGAAGAAGAAACAGGGAGAUUAACUGUGUUGCCUCCAAAAGAAAACAAGGAAGAUGAUUCAGAAACAUGCUCAGCUAUUGCUGUUGAUGAAGGCAGACUUGAGCCAAGAUCAGAUGAUGAAGACACAAAUUUUGAAGAUUCUGAAGAUGAACUCAAACAUGAGCUGGAGGAAUCUCUGGAAAAAGUGGCAACUUCCUCAGCAGAGAGAAGCAUGGAGCCUGUCAUCCUUUCAAUAAAUAAAGAUCAAACAGAUGAAGAAAAUAUGAGUUUACCUUGCAAACUAGUUGGUAACUCUGACAAUCGUUUAAGUGAUGAUGCAUAUCAUGAAAAAGGCAAUCAGGAAGCAAGAGCUACCUGGAGCCCCAGCACAGUUACUGCUCCAAAAAUUUAACUUGCUUGAAAUUUCAACCACAUCAGUAACAAAACUGAAGGAUAGCUGACAU